CAGCACUGUGCGAUCUCUGUAUCUGCUGUGGCUUUCGGAGAUCUGCUGCUGGCGGUCUCAGGAAGGCCCAGGGGAUCGCGUGAUGGGGCAGCGCCCAGCCGGCUGGAGAGCAGCUCCUGGGCCGGGACGCCCGCUCAGAGGGAAGCCGGGGGGCACAGGGAGGGAGGCACUUCCGCGACGGCCUUGGCGGGGAAUUGCCUUACAAAGGUGACUUAGAGCCGCUUCAUUACGGUAGCGCCCCCUCGGGCGGGCCCUAAUGGCGAGUUUGGCAGAGUCAGCAAAACGCGGAGCCGCGGCAGGGCGGCGGGGAGCGCCCUCUCCCGCGCCCUCGCCAUCUCCCGCGCCGGGCAGCGGCGCGCACGGGCCAUUUGCAGCGCAGGCAGCCUCGCGAGCGGCCGCGGCGCGCCAGCCGGAGCGGGCAGCACCAUGGAGCUGAAGAAGGACAGCAACUCCGUGUCCAUCGACAUGCUGCUGAUCGUGCACUCGGAGAAGCGGCGCGCCGCACAGGGCGCGCACUCGGACCGACAGACGGACCCGGGCGCGCCGCCGCAGCGCAGAGGAGGACUCCAAGUCAUCGGAAACGGAAUCCGGAGAUGGCAGAAAUUAGAAGGAAGUGACCUACACGGAAACCUGGUGGAGAAGCAGCACCUUCAGCAGACCCAGGUCAUCACUUCCUAUGACAACCAAGGGACACAGCUGACUGUGGAGGUCCACCCUCGAGAUGCCAUGCCCCAGCUGCUCAAGAAGUUCUCCUUGGCUAAACGUUUACAAGGUGAUAAAAAUGGAAACACAAGACCCCGGCAGCCUGGAGGGAAAGAUGCCCAUGCCUACCCCUGGGAUCGCUCCAGCCUGAAAUCCAUGCCCCUGGACCUGCGGCAGUUUGAGAAACUGGACGCCUAUGCCUCACAGGUGAUGGUCAAGAGCGGCCUGGAUGAGCUGGUGAGCGACCUGCUCCAGGAGGCCCACAGUGACCUGGAGAGGGUCCGCGCCAUCUGGAUCUGGAUCUGCCACCACAUAGAGUAUGACAUUGAGGCCGCCCAGGAGAAGGACCGCCAGGCCUUCAAACCCACCACCAUCCUGCAGACCCAGAAGACCAACUGUGACGGCUACGCUGGGCUCUUUGAGAGAAUGUGCAGGAUCGCUGGAGUGCAGUGUAUGACUGUGCCUGGUUACUCCAAGGGCUUUGGCUACCAGCCAGGGCAGAGCUUCUCUGGGGAGUUUGACCACGCCUGGAAUGCCGUGUACCUGGAGGGGAGAUGGCACCUGGUGGACAGCACCUGGGGCAGUGGCCUGGUGGAUUCCGCCACCUCCAAGUUCACCUUCCUCUACAAUGAAUUCUACUUCCUCACCCAUCCUGCUCUGUUCAUUGAGGACCAUUUCCCAGACAACAAGAACUGGCAACUGCUCAAACCUCCUCAAUCCCUGAGGCAGUUUGAAAAUAACAUGUAUCACAAGAGCGAAUUCUACAACAAGGGGAUGCUGAGUGCCCACCCGGAGACCUCCAUCAUCAAGACAGUGAACGGGAAGGCCACGGUCACCAUCGAGAGCUGUGCCCCAACGCUGUUCAUGUUUAUGCUCAACGGCAAGCAGGAGCACGGGCUGCUGAGCCUCAGGAAGAACGGGAUGAAGCUGGACGUGUACCCUCCAACCGUGGGCACCCACAAGCUGCAGAUCUUCGCCAAAGGCAACUCGGAGAUCUACAGCUCAGUGCUGGAGUACACGCUCAAGUGCCACUAUGCAGAUAUCGACGUCCGGCUGCCCGCUGAGCUGCACCAGCCCGUGGGCCCCAGCUGGUUCUCGGAGCAGAUGGGCAUCACGAAGCCAUCCCACCCCGAGCCCGUCAUCUACACCAGUGAUGGGCGCUGCUCCAUCAGCUUCGGCGUGGAGGAGGGCAUCAGUGUCCUGGCAUCGCUGCAUGGGGACGACGGCCCCAUCACUGAAGAGACGCAGCGACGCUACAUCUUCCAGCUGCACCGGGAGAAACACACGGAGCUGAAAGUCCAGCUGCCCCACGCUGGCAAGUUCGCCCUCAAGAUCUUCGUCAAGAAGAGGCAGGAACCGGGCAACUACAUCUUCGUCUUCAAUUACCUCCUGUGCUGCACCAACACGAAGGUGAACUGGCCCGUGUUCCCCGAGAGCUUCGGCAACUGGGGGCAGGACAAUGAGCUGCUGGAGCCCCUAUCGGGCGUGCUUCCCGCCAACCGCAACGUCCCGUUCAAGCUGAAGCUGCACGGUGUCGCCAAAGCUCUGGUGAAGGGACAGGACACGUGGCCGCUGACCCUGAACCGCGAGGGCUACUGGGAGGGCAGCUGCAGCACGGCCGGCUGCCAGGAGGUCUACGUCAUGGUGCUGGAGAACGCCAACCACAAUUUCUACUCCUACAUCCUGAAGUACAAGGUGAACGACACCCAGUGAGAGCCUGGCCCAGGGCAGCACACAGAGCCCCGGACACACCACUGAGUCUGCAUGGAAUCCCUUCUGGGCCUCUGCCUCCGUCUCCCUGUUCUGCCGCGGAAGCUGUGAUGUUUGUGUUCUGGUGGCUGAGGCGACAGAGGCAAAGGCCCUUUAGAAGACAAAGGUGCUAUGUAAAUCCAAGGUAUUGUCAACUCUACACCACUGCCCAGAUGCCCCCUUCUCGUGCUGAUGCUGUUGUUGUUCUAGGGCCGGUGGGAAAGCAAGGACACUGCCCGGGCUGAAAGCUUUUCCCUGCGAUGGGGAGAGAGGAGAGGGCGUGCUCUGGGAGGCUGCGUUAUCCUGAAUCCUAGAGCCCCUUUCAAGGAGCGUCACUGUGUUUCUCCCAGACGCCGGAGCGGGAGUUGGACAAUCAUCUUUUUCCCCAGACCUGACCGUCUUCCGCAUUCCUGCGGCUGCAUCUUGCUCUUCCAGGGCCCGAGAAGGAAGGUGUGGGAGAGGAAGCAGACCAUCCACAACCCCUGUAUAUGCCAGGAAUGUGGCAACAGGAAAGUUAUGGGAGAUGCCAAGGCAGCCAGUGCCUGCUCUUGGGUGUCCUGGGUGGGAGGCAGAGGACGAAGAACACUUUGCCCUCCUGCCAUCUGAGUCUAAGGGUCUAGGCCUCUGCUCUCAGAGGGAUUAAUUCGGUCCAAUCUGUCUAACUGGCUCCUCCAGGCCCUCUCAGAGCCUGUGCCUUAGGCCCGCCCUGCACCUUCCCCAGGGAGCCUUAGGAGGCUACUGGGCCCUUGGGGAGCCCUGGUGAUAACCCUAAACAAAGACCAAGACAGGUCAGGUGAGGGAGUGAUGAGAAUGCUGCCAGGCCCCACUCCCCCGCCCCCAGAUUCCUACCACCAAAGCCACACCUGGGAGGACUUUGACCUACCUGGGAGUGGUUUCUUUGCUUGUCCCUUCCAUCCCUUCUCAGACAAAAGAGACCCCCAGGGCCCUCCCUCUGUAGGGAUGUUCAGAGCCCCUUGUCUGCUCAGGCCUGAGAAGGCUUGGCUGCCCAGCUGGCCCUUAGCAGCACCUCCGGCCAGCGUUGCCAUGACAACAGUGGGCCGUCUGGCUCCAGUGAGGGCGGGGGGGGGGGGGGGGGGGAGGCCCUGAGAGGCCUUGCGUGUCCGCUGCAGCACCAUCUCAACAUAUGGAGACAUUGAAGGUGCUCCCUCCUGCCCUCCUGGCUUCUCCAGCUCUACAGCCCCUACCUGUCAGUGCCUUGGCCCCUGAGGGCCAGCUCUGCCCAGCUUUCCCCCCAGGCUGCUGCUCUAAAUGCCCCCAACUUCAGCCACAGUCAGAGCCGGCCCAGGAUCCUCAGCCCCCUGUACCUUCCUCCUCACAUCUGUGUAUGCAGCAAGUGGAACACUUAAUAAGCACCAGGUAGCGUGUCAUGCUGACCCUUCACAAUGGGACUGCAAAGAGAGCCAAGAGGCCCUGCCCUAGUCAUCCCAGAGCUCAGGGUGGGUGGCAGCAGCCUCCAAGGCCCAGGCCUGUCUCAAGUUCCAGGCUCCCAACACUUGAGUCCAUCAUCCCCUUGGGGUCCCCCCCCAAAGACCCCGCCCCCCACUGUCCCCCAGCAUGGACCCACCCGGUUCAGAGCAAUGUUAUGGGUGCCCAUCCUCCAUCAGGCCGGCGGCCCUGGCGCAUGAAGGCAGUACACCAUGGGGGGCUGAGCUGCCCUGGCCUGUGUCCAGUGUCCUCUGGCAGGCUCUGCCACCCAGGCAUUCAGCACCGUGUCACUCACGCCUGGAAAAUGCACAAAGGCCGCAGAGGCGGAACCGCUGUGCACCACGACAGGGAAACAAGGGGAGUUUUUAACACCCUGAAAACAGCCUUUUCUCACUCCUUUGAUUUUAUGGGCUGAAAGAAAUGUGCUGUGUUUCAUCAAAAUAAUAAGUGCCUUCUAUGACUCAUGUCACUCACUGGACCCAGAGCUGGCUGCUAGUCCUGCUGAGAGCGACAUGAAUCUUUUACAAAAUAUAAUUGAUCUAUACAUCCUGGAGCACGCAAAGGAUGCCACCCAGCAAAACGGGAGCUGUCCGGAGAAGGAGAGGCCCAGCCUCUCAAAGCAGUAGGGAGCGGCCCCCUGAUCGUUUAACCAGGAGCCUACCCCCCACCCCGCCCCCGCACCUUGUAAAGACAGCUGUAGGCACAGUCAAACAACACUUGAGUUUCUUUCCACUUGAAGUAAAAAUACAUGAAAUGAAAUCCAAUCUUCAUGAAUUUUUACACGCAUGCUGCUCAAGGUAGAAUUCGGGGUUGCAUUUUGAAGUCUUUUAUUUAAAUCCCCAUCUUUGUUUCCUGGUCGAGGGGUCCCAGCGGCUUGUGAAGUGGCACGGGUGCCCCCUGGUGUCCGACUGCAGAACUGCGGGUGCUGCAAACCCCCGUGAAACUGAAAUCUGUCUCCGGGGAUUUUAAGCAGAAUUUGAAAAAUGCAGCUGAAAUGUUAAAAUUCCCGGAGUGCUUUCUCUCAUGGCUUCUCAGCGUCUCCUCGUGUGCACAUGCAGCAGGUCGUUCCCACGCACAUGUUCUGAGGGGAGGCUGGGAACCACCUGGCGUUGUGAGAAGCCAUGAAUAUAUUAGGAUUUGGGAGUACUUUGCCCGGAGAUCCCGAGAUCCCGUAGGAGUGGAUGGGACAGCUUUGACCAUACUCAUUCCUACACUAGUGAAGGAGUGAAAUGGAUGGAACUCAGAGAGCUGUUGCUGCAAGUCCUAGGAUGGCAGCCCUCAGGCCACAGAAGGACAAGGAGGGUUAAGGAGGGUUGGGGAGGGUUGGGGAGUGGGAUGGGGCAUAUGGGCUACAACCACAACUGCAAUUCACUUCUUUUCAGCUGGUUUCGGAAGCGCAGCCAGCACAGCUGGACUCUAUUUGCAAUCUGAUUGUGAGCAUUGUGUGUUUCCCAUAUGUGACACUGUCCCACCAGGACACACUCCUCACAGCCUGCUGAGAUGAGAAGGAAAUAAAUAGAUUAACUGAAGCAUGAAGGAUUUAGGCUAGACGUACAGAAGCAGUUCCUGUUGUUAAGCAGGAGGGACAAGUUGCCAAGAAAGUCUGUGAAAUCCUCUUCUUCUCAAAGGACUGGAAAGGUAGAAAGCUUUUCCCAGUGGUCUGGGGGCUUUGAUGCUGCACUGACUGGGAGGACUGGGUUCUCUCCAAACCAGUUUAAUUCUUGAAAUGCACGAGAUGGCCCACAGCACAGGGGACCGGGAUGGUAUUGUCGCGUCCUUUGCUGUUGGCAGAGUGUUCAGCGGUGGUGUGCGUUUGUGUUCCCUGUCAGUUUAUCUGAGGUCGAUCACUUCUCUUCAUUGGGAUGCAUAGCUGGAACUCUGAAGAGGUGAUUACUUUUCAUAACGUGUGCAUUGAGUUGUGUGGGCCAGUGGCUGUUGAGUAUGCUUUUCCCACAUUGUUGCUGGUGUUGUUUUUCAAUAAAAUUUAUAUUCAUUUUUAUCCAACAAUGU